AAUCGUACUAGUAGUUUCUAAUUAAGCUAAAAUCAUAUAGUACUCAACGAAAUCAUUAAUUAUUUAGCUCCUAAUGAGACUAACUCUUAAAAUUAAAAAGUAAAAAUAUUUGAAAGGGAAAAAAAGGAAUUUACUAGAACGACCUAAACCGAGUCCCUCAAUUAGGCGGGCGCCUACGUGACUGGACUAAUCCACUUAAUCAUGGGAAAGGAAACCAAUAAAACGCGUUGUCACGAUAUUGCAUCAAUGCAAUUACUUAGCGACACACGGAAAAAAAAGACCUACAAAUGUACAUGCGCAGUUAAAUUAAAUAAGACCAAUUCCCUCAUCCCAACCAAAAAAAGAAGAAGAAGAAAAAAGGAAACAAUCUCUCCAAUCUCAAAAAACUAUGGUGGAAGAUAAUCAGAUCGUUCCAUUAGCACCAGCGGAGACUAAUCCCCGAAGCGACGAAGAGUUCGCAGCUGUAAAACCAAACCUUCGUCUCCAAGAAAGAAGCAGUAAGUGCUUAGUUUAUGUUCUUGCAGGAAUUGUUAUACUUAGCGCAGUCAUCUUAGUGUUUGCGCUAGUAGUACUGCGUCCUGUAAACCCUAAUGCGGAAUUGAGUUUUGUUCGAUUAAAAGAUCUGAACUAUGCUGCUGGUAGUGGUGGUAAUGGUAAUAAUGUAUCGUUGCCUGCGUUUAAUAUGACAUUAGAGAGUGAGCUAAAGAUCGAGAACUCGAAUUUCGGGGAGUUUAAGUAUGAUAACACAAGUGCAAGAGUGUUUUAUGGAGGGAUGGCUGUAGGGGAAGCGAUCCUGCGCGAGGGGCGUGUCAGUGCUAGAGAUACUCUGAGGAUGAAUGUUAAGGUGGAAGUAAGAUCGCAUAAAUAUAUAUACAAUGGUACAGACUUAACAAGUGAUAUAAAUUCUGGGAUUUUAAAGCUGAAUAGCCAUGCCAAGUUCAGUGGAAGGGUAAAUUUGCUGCAGAUUGCAAAGAAGAGGAGAAGUGCUUCUAUGGAUUGCAGUUUCAGUCUUGAUUUGAGAAGCCGUUCAAUUCAGGAUUUAGUAUGUAACUAACUAACAUUUGUUUGUGGAUUGGUUUGUGUAGUUAAACUCUUUCUUUGAUUGUUUAUAAAAAUAUUUUGAUACUAUAUAUAUACACACACGUAAUGGAGUAAUAUUAUUCAUUAA